AUGGCCGUCGGCGGUUGGGAGACGGUCAGGAGAAGGGCCGUUCGGGGUUCGCAACCUAGGUGGGAUGUGUUUCCGUGGGGUGGAGGUAUGGUGGGUAACCGGAAAGGGUCGAUGACUUCAGUGUAUUUCUCGAAUUUUCCUGAAUCUUUCUCUGUGAAGUCGUUUUUUGAGCUUUUCGCGUGUAUUGGGAAGGUUAUGGAGGUGGCAAUUUCACCGAGAAAGAAUCGGUUCGGCAGGAAAUUUGGUUUUGUUAGGUUCGAAGGGGCGGAGGACAGUAGGCUGCUUGCGAUUCCCUGCGACAACGUGAUGAUUAUGGGGGUUAAAAUCCACGCUAAUCUUCCCAGAUUUGAACGUCCUCGGUUCGAAUCGGUCAUGGAGGGUGGGUCUAAGGUCUUUCAUGGAGGGGGAGUUACUCAGAAGAAGGAGGCGACGAUGGGUGGUGGGGGGUUUGCUGGGAGAGUUGGAAGGGAUGGUAGAUCUUACGCAAAGGUGGUACACGAGGGUGUUGGGGGCAUUUCCAUUGUAUGUUCUGAGUCCCGGCCAAAACUCAUAUAUUCCUCUAAAGAUGUCGACAAAAACAGAUUGGUGAAAGCUUAUGUCGGUGUUGUCUCUAUUCCCGGGUCGACCUAUAAUAUUCAGUCCCACUUUAAAAUGGAGGGGUACUUUCUGGUGAAGGUGACUCCCAUGGGGGGUAAUUUGUGUUUGUUGGAAGAAUCAGAGGAGGGUGUUAUUGAGGAUCUUAUCGGGGUCGGAGAGACUUGGUGGAAGCAGUGGUUUCAAGUGAUAAGGAGGUGGAAUGAGCUAGAUAUAGAUGAUGGCAGAGUUAGUUGGAUUAGCGUCUAUGGGGUGCCUAUCCAUGCGUGGAAUGCUGAGUUUUUCAUGGCAGUGGCAAAUUCGUUGGGAUCAUUCAUUUUCCUCGACGAAUCGACGGCGGAAGGAUCUGUUUUCGAUACGGCAAGGAUGAUGGUGAGGGUAAAACUGAACUAUGAGUUACCAACAUCGAUGGAGGUUCUUAUCGACGAGAGGAACUUCGUGCUGUUUCUGAAGGAAGAUGUUGUUGGUGCGAUGCGCAAUGUUUUAGGUACGCGUAAAGUAUGUUCUUCGGUCAGUUCUGAAAACGAUUCUUUGGACUCUGUGGAUAACAUUCCUGUGCAUAUGUGUGAGGAGGAGAAAGAAUGUGAAUCUGAUGAUGUUAUUCUGUUAUCUAAUCCAGUUAGGCUGGUAGUAUCAAAUUCUGAAAAUGUGUUGGUUCCUUUGUCUGUUAAGCCCAAGAACCAUGUUGAACCGAACUUGAUGCAGAAUUCAAAGCCAGGGGAGUUUACAGGGGGCGGAGGUUGGAGGGAGUAA